AUGGGUUGUGCUGCUUCAAGCAUUGACAAUGAAGAAAAGGUUUUAGUGUGUAGGCAGAGAAAGAGACUGAUGAAGAAGCUAUUAGGGUUCAGGGGAGAAUUUGCAGAUGCACAGUUGGCUUAUCUUAGAGCUUUGAGGAACACUGGAGUCACUCUUAGGCAAUUCACAGAGUCUGAGACCUUGGAGCUUGAAAACACUAGUUAUGGGUUAAGUCUGCCUCUGCCUCCUUCGCCGCCUCCUACAUUGCCUCCUUCACCUCCACCACCUCCUCCGUUUAGCCCGGAUUUGAGAAAGCCCGAGACUGGUCACAAGAAUGAGUUGGUUGAUGAGGAGGAAGAAGAGGGUGCUGCAGAGAUUGAUGGUAACGACGAUGUAAGUGGUGCAACUCCUCCGCCUCCAUUGCCGAAUUCUUGGAAUCUUUGGAACCCUUUCGAGUCACUGGAGCUGCAUAGUCAUCCAAAUGGUGAUAACGUAGUUACACAAGUUGACCUGAAGAGGAAACAAAAGAUUCAGCAAGGUGAAGAGGAAAACUGGGCGGAGACCAAGUCUGAGUUUGAGGAUGAAGACGAGCAACAAGAAGCAGGAGGUAGUUGCCUUGAUUUGAGUGUUCGGGAAGCACAAGCUGUUGGUGGCUCUGACAUGAAGAAGCCACGGCGUCUGAAGUUUAAGCUGGGAGAAGUUAUGGACGAUAACUCAUCGAUGGCAAGCUGGUACGGUAAAGAUCCGGAGAAUGCUGGUGUGACUGAUUGUAUGAUCAGGAAGACCUUAGAAGGGAUCAUCAGAGAGUUGGAUGAUUAUUUUCUAAAAGCAUCAGGUUGCGAGAAGGAAAUAGCUGUGAUAGUAGACAUCAACACUAGGGAUACUAUUGAUCCUUUCAGGUAUCAGGAAACAAGAAGUAAGUAA